AUGCGUCGUCAACCGUCUCACGAGCCGCUAGACAUCCCUAGGCGGCAGUCGCUCUCCACGACCUAUGACACGCACAGUAGCGGCUCCGGCCGCUCGAUCGAUUCUACGCAGGCCGGUCCCGUCUGCUUCCAGGCUGCAGAGAUGGACGAUGGCGCUCGACACCGCUCACGCCGGCGGGGUGGCAGCACGAUGUAUCCUCCGACAUCGGACGCCGGGCGGCAUAUGCAGCCUGAGCACGAUGAGGAUGCCUCGAUCACCGCGCAGUCAGGCGUGUCUCGGGCAUCGCUAGCACCAAAGGUCAUGUCGCCGCCCUCAAAUCCGCCUCAUCACCGCCAUGUUGCUCAGGCCCCUUUCUUGGAGAGCACUGACAAGCUCGGUCAAGCUCACGCAGAAUCGACGCAAUGGGCCUUGACCCACCGGGCCAUGUCUCCGCCGCCCGAGGAGGUGCCCGAUGAUCGUGCACUGCUUAAUGCUUGGGCCGAGAAUCUGCGGCGGACGCCAGCUUACCAGCCUUUGCAGAGACCGACGUCGCCGUCCUCUUCCAAAACCACACCCAAAGUCACAUCAUCCGGCCCUUCGUCACCUCCCGCGCUUCGGCCACUGUCACCUACCGCGAUAGGAUUAGCUUCUCCUACAAAGGCACGUGGCAAGGGAGCGUCUAG